AUGGCGAACUGGCAGCAGUACAAUCCCUUUGGAAAAAGGGACUCCCACUCGAACAAUUCGAUCCUCACCUACAAGAUUCUGACCCUCAUUACCUGGAUCCUGUCCCUGGUCGUCACCGUUUACUAUACUCUUCACCGUCCUGACGAUGGCCACACUCGAAACCGAAAGAUCUGGGAGCAAAACCACAUGUACCGCACCGCUUUCACUCUGAACCCCAUCAUCACCUCCAUCUACUGGAUUGUCCUCUUCAUCCUCCAGGCUGGUUACAUCGGCCAUCUCUUCUCGAGUAACUCGGACAUCGUUCACGCUGCCGCCAGUGUCGGAAGCCAUUUCAUCUUCAACAACCUCUUCCACUUCGCCUUUGUCAUGCUCUUUGUCCGCUCUCACUUCCACUGGGCUGAGGUUAUCCUCAUUCUCAACUUCAUCAAUCUUUCCUCGCUCUACUUCCGUCACAACACGUACCCCCGGUUUAUCCACACACCUGUUGUUUCUGGACCUUUGGCCUGGACUUUUGUUGCCAUCUACUGGAACGGUGCUCUGAUGAUUCCCCACCCUCACCACCUUGUGCCUCGUAUCUUUGGAAACAUCUUCAUCUGGUCCAUCCUCGCCUAUGGACUCUUCUUCAUCAUGGUUUACAAGGAUUACACUAUGGGCUUCUCGCUUAGCGUCUUCGCUGCCGCUAUUGGAGUUUCCCAGUUCCUUCACCAGGUGAUUGCCUUCCAGUGGAUCUUUGCCUUUAUCAUCAUGGCUCUUCUCUUCAUCGCCACUGUUGUCGUUGCUGUUCCUGCCGCGACAGGCAGGGAGGUUAAUUGGCGCAGCGCACCUGCUGACCAGGAGCGUGCUCCUCUGCUUGCUGAGUAA